AUGCCACCAUGCCACCAUGCCAACAUGCCAAAAUGCCAAUGCCCAUUCUCAUCCCCUCAUCUCCUCAUCCUCUGCUUCAUCCUACGGCUCGGACGCCCGAGCGACCAACGGUCGGGUUCAGGUGGCAUGGCAUCGCCGCAUCGGGCGGUGGCUGGGGGCCAAGUCUCCAGGGCCAAGGGCUUGCGCAUGCUGCUUUUGCGCCCUCGGCUCCAAUCGACCGUGGUGGGAUGGGCUUGUUAUCUUGGGCAUUUCGGCCCUGAAACCACGCUGGUUCUUGCGUCUUCCAGAGCCAAGGCACGGCGCGCCGGUCGGAAGUUUGCUGCGACCACCGCAAUCAUAUACAUAAGGAAGGGACGUCUCGCUGCCCAUCGCCGGACUGGCCUCCCGACCAGUCUUCCAGGUUCAGGAACCUCCGCCUCGCCUCGCCUCAGGACACACACGUGGGAUCGAGUCCUCGUCGGGCUGUUCGUCUUCGCUGCCUAUGCACCCGCCAGAUCAGCAGCCGUUCCUCUGUCACGGCCCAACCCCAUCCCCAUCCUACUGCCCCGGGGGGAUGCGAAGCCGCGGUCUCUGGCUCUGGAUCCCGAUCUGGAUCUGCACUUCACCCAUCGCGUGUUCAGCAGCCUCGAGGCCGGAACCCCUUUCAACAUCACGUUUUCAGGGGCGUCAGGCCCCGCCCGAUUGCGGCUCCAAAAUAGCCAAGUCGCACGUGUCGACGAUGCGGAUACGAUCGCCGCACACAUCACCAAUUCCCAUCUAAUAUGGACGCCGCCCGCUGACCUGCCGGCAACGGAUUACACGCUCGUGCUCGAGGAUGAAACUUCGGGCACGAUGGUGCGGUCACAUGUUUUCACCAUCCUCCCCGAGGGGGAUCGGAAAUCCAACGCGAUAUCCAAGUCAGUCCUCUCUUCUCUCACUCACUCUCACACACACACACACCUCAUCAUCAUCAUCAUCAUCACCAUCACCAUCACCAUCACCAUCACCAUCACCAUCACCAUCACUGCUUGGCUCCUCAUCAUGGUCGGCUUGGGUUCGGCGCUGAUCGUCCUCCUGGUCAUCGGAGGUGUGCUCCUGUACUACCGGCAUUGCAACCGCAAAGAAAGUCGCGACGGGGUCCCCGUGGGGUCGAGGGCGGCCAGCGUGGACUCCUAUCCCCGCCAACCAGCGCCCUAUGCCCGUGAAUCCACGCCGGAUAUGGUCGAGGCGCCGUCGAGGGUGUAUGUACGAGCUAAGGAUCGGAAAGAGGACGGAUGGGACGGGGGGCCGUGA